AUGGAGGUGAUGGAGUUACGCUGCACGGUGGUCGUGGAGCAGCCGCUGCCGGGAGGACAGGGCCCGCGGCGCCGUGUGAUGCGGGGCGCGGUGGUGCUGCUGGGCCGCAACGAGCUGCGGCAACCGGUGCUGCGCGUGGUCGGCGGCAGCGGUGGGGCGGCGGCUGUGCUGAGUUUCGUGCUGGUCGGUGACGCCGUGCGGCUCUUCACACGGUUCGCGGGGGAAGGGCGGGCGGCGGUGCGGGUGGGCCCGGAUGGUGCUCAGGUGUUGCUUUCUGACUGCCCCCCGGACGCGCUGCGCCGCUUCCUGCGUCUCCUGCGACUCAAGGUGGCUGGCGGGUCGAGGGGCGUGCCGCGCUGCCCCCGCCUGCUGGACCGUCCACCGCCAGCAUUCACCGUCAUCAGCCCGCUGCAGGAGCGAGACCUAUUGCACGCCCCCGGCCGCCUCAGCGGCGGAGAGGCGCGGGGGGAGCGCCCGGCGGAGGUUCCCCGCGUGGAGAGGCGGCCGUCGACGAGGCUCUCGGCAGAGCAGGAGGCCGUGUUGGGUGCAGUGAGAAGUGGGAAGAGCGUCUUCUUCACCGGCUGUGCGGGUGAGGUGACUGGGUAGCUGUUACUUGAGUAAAGUCCUUAGGUCUCCCUGCUGACCUGCUGCUUUUUCUUCCACCAAGGGACCGGUAAGUCAUUCCUUCUGAAGAAAAUCGUGGGCUCCCUCCCUCCAAAUAGCACCUAUGCUACAGCCAGCACGGGAGUGGCAGCUUGUCACAUCGGUGGCACCACUCUCCAUGCCUUUGCAGGGAUUGGCUCUGGGAAGGCACCACUGGAACAGUGUAUUCAGCUGGCAGAGAGGCCUGGUGCACGGCAGCACUGGCUGGCCUGCCAGCAUUUAAUCAUUGAUGAGAUCUCAAUGGUGGAUGGCAAGUUCUUUGACAAGCUGGAGGCAGUGGCAAGGGCAGUCAGAAAACGGGAUGAGCCCUUUGGAGGAAUUCAGUUAAUCAUCUGUGGGGACUUCUUGCAGCUACCCCCAGUUUGCAAGGCUAAUGAAGAAACCAAGUUCUGCUUCCAGGCAAGAAGCUGGAGGAAGUGUAUCCACAUAAACAUGGAGCUGACUGAAGUGCGGAGACAGACUGACAAGACCUUUGUCUCACUCCUGAGUGCAGUCCGUUUAGGCAGGUGCACAGAAGAGGUUACCAGGCAGCUGAUGCAGACUGCUACUAACAGGUCUGAGCGUGAUGGGAUCUUGGCUACACGGCUCUGCACCCACAAAGAUGAUGUGGAAAUAACUAAUGAGAGAUGCUUGCAGCAGCUAUCAGGAGAACUGCACACUUUUGAGGCUUUGGACAGUGACCCAAUGCUUGUGAAAUUAAUUGAUGCUCAGUGUCCUGUGGGUGGUAGAGUUGAGCUAAAACUUGGAGCUCAGGUGAUGCUAGCUAAGAAUCUGGAUGUGUCUCAAGGGUUGGUGAAUGGGGCACGAGGAGUUGUUGUAGGAUUUGAAAAUGAGCAAAAGGGGCUUCCUAAAGUGAGGUUUCUCUGUGGGGUCACACAGGUCAUCAAAAUGGAGAAAUGGGUCUUCAAAGGACCAUCAGGAAUUCAUCUGAGUCGUCAGCAGUUGCCUUUAAAAUUGGCAUGGGCCAUUUCCAUUCAUAAGAGCCAGGGCAUGUCUUUAGACUGUGUGGAAAUCUCCCUGUCUCGUGUCUUUGAAAGUGGGCAGGCUUAUGUAGCCCUCUCCCGAGCCCGCAGCCUUGCAGGGCUACGUGUUCUGGAUUUUGAUCCAAAAGUAGUGAGAGCUGAUCCUUCUGUAUUGCAGUUCUAUAGACAGAUGAGACGUCAUCAGCUUCUGACCCAGGAUUCACUGCACACCCAUUCAGAUGAUUAUGAGAAGGAGAACUGGAAAUGCAGCUGAGAACGCUCUUCUGGCCUCUGUGGCAGCAGCAGACUGCUGAGUUGCAGUGAUCUUGCUAUUGAGUGUAUUUGGUAGCAUAGGUAAAGCCA